UUGAAAUAUAUAUUUUAAACAAAUUUUUGCAGUUUUAACAUAAAAUUUUAUGUACCUUAAAUUAUUUUUGUCAAUCUUGUUUACUUGUCGGAGUGAAAGUAUUUAACCAAAAUGGAUACUCCAUCGUUCUUUGAAAAACAACUUUGCGAUUUUGUGAAAAAUCGUUUUGAUAUAACCAUGGAUGACUGUGGAUACGAUACUACUACUGUUUUAUCGGUUCUAAAUGAAUUUUUCCGUUCAAGAAUGGUUUUUCACACCAUUUAUUUUAUGGCGGCUGUUUUUGGACUACACGGGAUACUGGAAUGUUUAAAAACACUUUCAGCAGUGUACAGAACUGGACCAGUCCGUUUACAUAAAUCUUUUUCAGUAGACUUAAUCCUUUAUUGUUGUAAUUUUUUUAAAGCUCUAAUUGUAUAUAUGCUAUGGAUGCUACUAACUUAUGGCUUGCUUUGGGUUAAACUGGCUGCACUACAGCCAUGGAUUGGAGUCCACACAAUGGUGCUCAUAAACUAUGCAGUGACUUUUAUAAGCAAUUUGGGCCUUGGCACAAGAAGUAAGAAGUACAAGUUAAUGAUGAAACUCUUCUACCAGAUCUGCUUCGUUCGCUUAGUACGUACUUACUACAUAUACACUCUGGCAGGAUCAAGAUAUUAGAAUAAAAAUGUACAAAUCUUACAUGACAUACGCUAUUUUCGCUUCAGUUCUUCAAAAGACAACUUGACUUACAUCCAAAAAUUCAUUAAAAUUCAUUAAAUAAAAAAUUUUAUAAUGUAAAAUUUUUGGAUGCUCAAAUAUAUUUGUUGUGAGAACUUCAUUGGAUUACCAAUAAUUUAUUGUGAAA